AGGAAUGUAAAAGCGGUCGAAGCGACAAGCGUCGUCGAUAGGUUACCGAUAGUUUUGCUUAGAGAUGGAUCGAAGGUUGAUCUUUCUUAGAUUAUGUAAUAUAGAUUGUGAAUAAUACGAUAUUAUGGGUAUAUCGAGCAAUUGUGAUUGUUUCAAAAGGCGAUAUCUGUAACCCUAAUUUUCAACCCUAACUAAAUUCGUGUGUAGAUAAAUAAUGUUGCAAAGACUGUUUUUGAGGGAAAUAAUUGUGGAAAUGAAAAUGAUCGUGACGAUCAUUCUGAAAGAUCACGAUCAUUAGGAAUUUUAUAAGAAUUGUAUAAGAUAAUUUGAUAAAAUUAUAUUAUCUGGUUGAUGAUGGUAUUGGUAAAUUAUUUAGAAUGUUUAUUAUUGUUCGUUUUAUAAAAUUUAUUCAAAUAUUUGCCGUAAUUUAAAAGAUUUUUUGUAGUUUAUUAAUUUUAUAGUAUAAAUAUAUUAACAAAUUAAUUAAAAUUUUCUUUUUAUUAAUUUGAUGAUAUUUACUGAUAUAUUUGAUAAAUGAACAAAAUGAAGAAUUUUAUGUAUUUUUUUUUAAAUUUGCAUGGGAAAAAAAUUUAUCAAAAAUUCAUUCAUUGUAUUAUUGAUCAUAAGAUUUCAGUUUUUGUUAUUUCUAAUUGUAAGUACGUAGAUAUCUCGUAGCACGAGAAAGGAGGCAGCACUAGAUGGACUCCAAUUAAAAGCUCCCCCGGUUCAUUUGAAACAAGCUAUACUAUGAUACAGCUACUAUAUAAUACACAUCCGCAAUGAUGAUGAACAAGCAAAAAAUAAAACAUCCAGCAAAUGUAGAUGUAGAACAGUUGAAGAUAGAAUGUCGUGCGCGAACGUAAAAUAUUUCUCAAGUCGAAUAUUUCUUAAUCUUUAAACGCAAUUUAAAUGACUUUUAAUUUAAAACAAUGCGAGGAUUUUUUUAGUGCAAUUCAAUUCUCUUCAAUAAAGAUAUAUCAAUUCCUAAAAACGUGCUGAGUGUGUUUAAUAUGAAAAGAUGAUUCUACUUGAAAACUAUUUUGUAAAGAAACAAUUGCGAAAUCGCGAAUAAUAAUAUAGAAUCGCUAGGAAUCCGUCAAUUUCAAAUCAAACAACGAUAAAUCGAAUACAAUUUUAAUUAAUUUUGCUAAAUUUUUCAAUCUGAAAAUAUAUUUGUGUAAUAAAACAUUUUCGAUGUGUAUCGGAAAUUAAGAUACAACCAAUAUUGAGUUCAUAAUUAAAUCAAACGCAUCGAAAAUAACCUCUCAUUCUAUUUUCUCCUUACUCAAUACAUAUUAGAUUAUCGUUUGUACGAAAAGAUUGUCCGCGUAACAUUUAAGUGAUGAUCGAGCGAAAUUCGAAUUUUUCCGUGAACUGGUCUAAAUACAUACUUACGAGCCUGCGCAAUACACACUGUCGAGAGAUUCGCCACGAGAGGCGCGGCGUCGCGACGCUCGCAUGUGCCGCAGAUUAUGCCGCAUUGCCACAAGCGUACGGCACCGGUCGGUCGACGAUCGUGUCGUCGGGAAAAACGUCGAAAAAAAUCAACGUAAUGAACCGAUCGCGGCCAGGUUAAACGCGAAACGUCUUCAUGAUGCGCCGUCGCGGACGUCGUCGACGAUACAACUGGUGAGAGACAAAUAUAUCGAACGACAACAACGACGAAGAAUAUUUCAAAAGAGUUGAAAAAAAAAAAAAGAAAACAAAAGGAUCGCGUUCUCGUCUCAAUAAAUAAUAAAUAAUUAUCGACAUACCUAAGAUAGAAGUAGCCUUCGGGAUCAUGAAUAUCCGACGGCUCCCUGGUUUCAUGUACCACUACAAGGUGAUCACUCUGCUCCUCUUCACGACCAUGCUUUUUGUCAUCUAUCUACUCCUUCACUGGGGUAUUAUGUGCACGAAUCUCGAGGCCUGGCGACACGUAUCCAACGUGUGCAGCACGCACAAAAAAGGAGCUGCAAUAGGAAUUCUCUGCGAUCCACUAUGCGCGGAAAGAAGGAUUCACUCGCUUGCCUGCGAAACGCUGCACGCGGGCAAAGAAGCAGUCUUCUCGGCUCACUGGGAGACAACUCGACUCGUGUUCAAGGCUUCAAGAACGAAAGCUCCGUCAGAGCAGUUCGAAUCGUUGUUUUGGACGGACACGAGCGGAACGAGGCACUUCCCGUCCGAGACGGACUUCAACACCAUGAUCAAAGAUCUGGUCGUUAGCAAGCUGAACGUGACGCUGUCUCAGCAUCAAUUAGAGAGGCUAGCGCGACUUCGUACGCAUCGUGUCGAGACCGAGCCCAGAAGGCGACAGCUCGAGAUGGAAAAUCUGUGGCCGUUGUUACAGGAAAACGAGUAUCUGAUGAGCAUUCUGUACGAGGACAGGGACAUUUUUCCACAGUUGAUUGGCACAUGCGGGACAUUCUACGCGGUUGAAUACGUACGACCUAUAGAAACACCCACGACAGUCCUCGCGCUCUCCGAUUCGAAACCGGAAUGGGCGAAACGAUUGAAGCUGGCCGUGAUGAUACUAGACUUGCUCGAAGAACUCGACACCAACUUUCCCGAACCGAUACAUCUGUGUGAUGUGAAGAUAAACCAUUUCGGUUUGCCCUUAGGCGGGCAAAAACUCAAGUUCCUCGAUCUGGACGCGGUAUUUCCUAAAACGAUUAUCAGCCGUAUCACUGCGGACAGCAAAAGUUGUGAAAAACACGAGGACUGUGAUUAUUUUGAUUGCAGGUCUUUCUGCUCGAAAAAGAAACGAUGCGAGUCACCGGUUGCCAACAAUAAUUUACAAAUUAUAUGCGAGAAAAUAUUUCUCGGUUGGACUCUCUCAGGGACUCUUAUAAUUCCUGGACUAUUAAUGUCAGAGCAUACUACCAGCUCACUGGCGGUUCUUUUGCGACAAUGUGCGAAUCCAGCUGGUGAUAUUGAGCAUUUACCACGUGCUGCAGUACCAGACAAUCUCAAAACACGAUUAUACAAUAUGCUACAUGAAAUGGAACAGGAGGUUGCUGCUUCCGUUUAAAAAUAUUUUAAUUCAAACACCAAAAAUCUAAAAAAUAUUAAAAAUCUUGGUUUUUAUAAACAGAUAUACAUAUAUAUUUUCAAAAGCAUUGAGUUAAAAUAAUGAAAGAUGUUGCAAGAUUUAAUUUAUUGUAAUGAAAAAAUUUAUUAAAAAAAAAAAUACUAAUAAUUGGAAGUAUGAAAACGAAAAUAAAAAUAGGAAAAUUAUAAUCAAUGAAAUUUUCUUGAAAAAUUUAAUUUAAUAAAACAGUUAAAUUAUUAUUAAAAUUUUUCAAGAAAUUCAUAUAUCUAACAUUUUUUAAAAAAUAUAAAAUGUGAAAUUAUCUUCGAAAUAUA